GACUUGCUGCUGGCGGCCAGGCUGGGGAAGGCUCUGCUGGAGAGGAACCAGGACAUGAGCCGGCAGUACGAGAGGAUGCACAAGGAGCUCACCGACAAGCUGGAGCAUCUAGAGCAAGAGAAACAUGAAUUAAGACGAAGAUUUGAAAACAGAGAAGGAGAAUGGGAAGGAAGGGUGUCAGAGUUAGAAAGCGAUGUGAAACAGCUACAGGAUGAGCUGGAGAGACAGCAGGUUCACCUUCGUGAAGCAGAUCGAGAGAAAGCACGUGCCGUCCAGGAAUUAUCUGAACAGAACCAAAGACUCUUGGAUCAGCUCAGCAGG